CGUUAGAUUUUCUCCUCAAAACACGUAUCGGUGUAUGUUUCCUAUAAUAUAGGUAAGCAUGCUAUGUCAACGAGAGAUGAAAAAUGUUCUCCAAACGCCGAAUCCUUUUAGUCAUGUUAAUUUUUUGGGUAUGCAGCUCAGUCUACAUUCAAUUCAAGUACGAGGCCGAUGAAGACAUCAACAUUCUUACCCAGGAGCCGACAAUGUCCAAGCCAAAUUUGCUCUUGUUCAUCGGUAUCAUUAGCGCCCCGUCUCACUAUAAACGAAGAGCAGCAGGACGAGAUACAUGGAUCAAAGAAUGCAACAAACGAUUUGAUGUUGUUUGUAAGUAUUUCACUGAUAGUAAAGAUCCACGUGGCAAUUUGAUUUGGGGUAAAAGAAAAAAGAAACUUGAUCAUGAAAGUCAGUUACAUGGAGAUCUUGUUCGUACAGAUACUCCUGGUGGGUUUACAUUUUCGGUACAGCUACUGUGGAUACUUCAGUGGGCAACUGAUAACUACGAUUUCAAAUAUUAUUUACGACUUGAUGAUGACUAUUUUAUUUGUUUGAAUAAGUUGAUGUUGGAAUUGGCGAGUAAUAAAAGACCGAAACACAGCUUUCAGUGGGGAUGGCUACACUGCAAAGAAAAAGAUGCGGCAUUUUUGGAUGAGUCUUUUCUUCUUCUGUCUUCUGACAUUGUUGAAUCAUUUUUAAUAAGGAAAGGUCGUUUGAUGUGCCACAUUUUCGAAAGUCAGUCCGUUGGCUAUUGGUUGAAAGCUAUCUCAAAUUUGAUAACAUUUACCGACAACGACAGAUUAGUUCAUCAACGAACCGACUCGAUUGAUUUUAGUUCAGAUGAGGAUGUGGAAAUGAGAGACGAAAUUUGUCAUUCAAUUCUUGGUCUUCAUCAAAGUUACCCUGAUCAAAUGAGGCUGUACUGGAGUAUUUAUGAGAGAGAAGAUAAUAUUACACAGUAUAAAAUUCCCAAAGUCGUAUACAACUGUCAAUAUAAAACGAACAUGAAUUACAUGGUUUGGGAAAACGAUAAACAAUGGUUUUCUGAACCUAAACCAUGCAAAGACAAUCCUACUUGGAGAGAUGAAAAGGAAUUUGUGGGUAGGGAUGGUGCGUAAAGCCGUAGAAAUUGCGUAGCAGAACAAAAUGAAGUGAAGUGACGACACUACGAGCACUGUAUGUAUAAUUUUAUAUAUAAUUUAUACCUCUGGGUACUUUCACUUUCAAUUUAAAAUAUAUCUGUAAACAAUUGAUUUAUAUCCCAUUUACAGUCAGUGAAGAAUCCAGCCUGAAUCUUGACUCAUGUCUUGCAAUUUUUUUGUCAAAACUAACAUUGAUUUCUUUAAAAAUAUGAUCUCAAUGACCGUUUUUGUGAAAAUGAACAGAAAAAAUUUUGCAUAGCAGAUAAAUUUAGGCCAGCCCAUUUUCACUUUUUUUUAGUAUAUCAUUUGUAGUAUAUGCAAAUGUACCAUUGUUCAAUAAAAGUACAAUAGUGUAUGGAUGUGAAUAUUUGAAAUGUAUAAAGAGAUUUUAGUAGAACACAAA